GCUGGACCAUCAAUCGCAACCGCAUCCUGCCGACUGAGGUGGCCGUGUUCCGCGUCAACGGCCAUGGCCGGAGCGCUGGUUGCUGGACUUCGGCGAGGUUCACCGCGACUUCCGCGACCAUCUCGAGCCAAGGUCACAGUUGCUGCGGUGCCACAGGUCACUCUUUUUACCAAGCCUGGCUGCACCUUGUGUGACAAGGCCGUGGCACAAUUGAAAGAGACCACACAGCCUUUUGAGCUGUCAACGGUGAACAUCGAAGCGCCUGGCAAUGAAUCCUGGAAAUCAAGGUAUUGGUGUGACAUUCCGGUCUUUCAUAUCAAUGGCGCUUUCUGGGCGAAGCAUCGUUUAGAUGCCGAAGAUGUGGAGGCGUCCUUGUCGGCCGCGCAUGCUGGGACCUUUGCCGCCAGAGAUGGGGAGCCAGACAGUCGCCAGCAGGCCGCUGAGUGCGGGGACGAUUGCAAUUGUGGUGGCGAAUGCUGUGAGGGUCACUGAACGUGCUGAACGACCAUGCUGUGAGCGUAGCCUAAAAGAUCUUCGAUGUGCUGUGGCAAGUCGUCUCCAGUGCCAUUGAAGCAAAAGCAUUUACCAUCU